AUGCAACCAAAUGAACAUUAACAAUUUAAGAUUCAAAAUCAGGAAAGAAAUAUGAAAUGCAAAUUUCUAAUCAUUUUAUUAAGGCAAGUGAUUUAGAACCUGUCGAUUGCGUAUAUUUUGCAUUCAUACAAGUCAUCUAAAAUUAUUUACAUUGAUGGAGAAAAUGGCAUUCUUGAAAAUUGAGGUUACUUCAUCGAGAAGCCAAUCUAGCUUUAUGGGGUUAAAAUAAUAUAGAUGUAGUGUAUUUUGCUAUAUUCUUACAAUAGGAGUAAAAAUCAAGGAAAAAGUAAAUUCACUGAAUAAUUGGAUCAAUAACAACUAAAACAUCACUUGAAUAUAAAAAUAGAAUAAGAAGAUAACCAAAUCAACCACAUUAAUAAUUAGGAUAUGUUGAAAAUUGUCAAUAUAUGA